AUGGCGGCGCUCAAGGCCCGCGUCGCAGCCGCCAUUGGCACGAGCAAAGCGAAAGGAGGAUUGAAUGUCGGACUGCAUCCUGCGUUGGAAGAUCUGGGGUCCUGGAAGCCGGCCGGCAAAGCAGACACGACAAAUGGCCAAUCUCAGUCAUUACGAGGCAGUCCAUCUCGGCCCGGCGCAUACGAUAAGAGAGGCUCACCGGACACGUUUGGACAGAGGAACCAGCCGAACCCAUAUUUCGACGACAAGUCUGCUACACAGGAGCCGAGCGGGAGACAGCGCGUGCCUCGUCAGCUGAUGUUUAAUCAAAAGGGAAAAUAUAUCCAGCAGGGAAAUGCCUUGCGUCGGCAGGCGGCCUUGGAGGCCAUGAAGAAGCGUAUCGCGGAGCAGACUCGUAGAGCUGGCAUUGAUGAGGAUCUUGACGUGGAGAAGAACUUUGUCGUGGACGCUCCUCCGAAUCUGGAGUGGUGGGACGAAGGCUUGGUUAAUGGAUCAACUUACGACGAUGUCGACGACCCUUCGAAGCUGAAGAUUCACGCGGACGAUAGCAUUGUAACGGAAUACAUCCAACAUCCAGUUGCACUCGAGCCCUAUCAGGACCGACUUGGCGCACCGGCGAAGCCAAUGUAUUUGACCUCGAAAGAACAAGCAAAAAUACGGCGACAAAGGAGAAUGGCAGAGCUCAAGGAGAUGCAGGCGAAAAUCCGGCUUGGACUGGUGCCGGCACCGCCACCCAAGGUCAAAAAGGGAAAUCUCAUGCGCGUGUUGGGUGAUGCUGCUGUCAAAGAUCCCACCGCCGUCGAGGCACGGGUGAACCGAGAGAUUGCCGAUCGAUACGAGAAGCACAUUGACGCGAACGAGUCCCGCAAAUUGACAAAGGAGCAACAGCAUGAUAAGACUGCUGCAAACCAACAAAAGGAUGCCAACAAGGGCAUCCACGUUCUCGUAUUCAAAGUCACAAGCCUUGCGAAUGGCCAGCACCGCUACAAGAUAUGGCGCAACGCCGAACAGCUGGCGCUCUCGGGAACAUGCGUUAUGCAUCCAAAGUUCAGCCUCGUGAUUGUCGAAGGAGGACCGUACAGCAUAAACAAGUACAAGAAGCUCAUGCUGAACCGCAUCAAGUGGACGGAAAACGCGCAAGCAAGAGACCCCGAGAAGAAUAACAAAGGCGGACAGGAGUGGUUGUCGCCCGAAGACUCCAACGGAGAUUUGAAGGACAUGUCUCUGAACGAGUGCAAGUUGAUAUUUGAGGGCGAGCAAAAGGCGAGGAAUUUCAAGAAAUGGGGCAGCAAGAUUUGUGAAACGGAUGCUGAGGCGAGAGAGGUCUUGGCCCGCGCCAAAAUGGACAGUUUCUGGUCUCUGGCCAAGGGAUUCUCAUGA